AUGACAGACGUUUCAUGUAGCAGAGAAAAGAAGCCAAAGUUGUCAGCAGAUGUUUCAGCGUUAGAGCAACAGUCCAAAUCGUCCAAAGUAACCUUGCUGAGCCCAUCUCUUCUCCUCCUGGAAAUCCCCCCUGACACCAACACCAGCCUCCCCGUGUGGGAGGCCAUGAGGUCCCAGCAGGUGGCCAUCACCUGGACCGUCAACCCCUACAGCAUCGGUCUCCAUUUCACCCCUGCGACCCCAAAGCAAAGGAAGACUGCAGCUACCAGGAAAAGCGAGCGCACAAAGACCUCUAAGACUCCUUCCGUGGUCGGGUACCCCUAUUCAGCGAUGGUCAUCCAGUCUAUUGCUCAGCGGCAUGGUGCCUCUCAGAAAACACCCCGUGUCCUGCUCACCUUCCCCCAAAACCCCUCCCAGGUCCUUCUGAGCGCUUCAAGUGAGCCUCAAAACAUAGCUCCAAACCCAGCUAACUCAUUCAUUGCCUCCCUGCCUCUCAUCAUCACCCAGUCUCCUCCUGCUCCCAACCCCGUCACCCCUGCGAUCAAGGGGGUUUUUCCCAUGAUCCACCAAUGCCAAGCCCCAAAAGCCACCAAUGCCAAGCCUCAAGUGAAGGCCGAACCGCCAUCUAUCCGCUCUCCGUUUCACACGAAGAGCUCAUCUGACAUCAACAUCUGCGACAGUUUCCUCUUAAGUGUGUGUCAGGCAGGGGAAACUUGCAACAUGCACCACACUCCCUAUCCCUUUCACUGGCAGCUGUGGUGCGUUGUCAGCCACCAGUGGAUCGACAUCAGCCUUUGCUCUCAGGUCUUACUUGAGAGGAUCUACUGCAAUGUCAACCACGAGUAUGUUAAAAUUAAGGACGGAAACGACCGCUACAUGCUGGGCUUCGAGUCAAUGGCCGUGGACGGCACCUAUAAAUAUGAGAGUGCUAGACGACUGUCUAACUCUGAUAGUCUCAGUAUUAACCCUUACUUUCCCACCAAAUGGAAACUCUACUGGUGGGACUUUGGCUGGGAAGAGUACGACCAGGACACGUCUGCCUUGCUGCUCGAGAAGAUGGGUGAGAAGGAGUCAGAGUGUGUCUUCCAUAUCGGCCAACAGGAAUACAGAGUAGACUUCACCGUAAUGACCCAAGCCAACGUUACCACUGGUUACCAGAGAGCAAUUCGAUGCAGACCCGUCUACCGCUCACCUGAUUCCAUGCAGCCUUACCUGAAGACAGGAAUUGAGACGGACUCCAUCCAGCCUGCUGCUGAUCCCUCUGGGGCCAACUUCAGCGUGGACCCUCUGGAGGAGUUCAGUUCCUGGUACCCUCCGGUGUGGGGUCUUGCCUCAGAGCAGGACUACAGCCUGGUAGAUGUUCCGGCUGGCACACAGGCCUACCACACUGUCCAAAACCUUUUCUAUGAGAGCCUGCACGCCACCGACAUGGACAUCAUCAGCAUCCAGCAGGUCCAGAAUAUCCUCCACUGGGACAAGUACCAAAGGCACAAGGCACACAUGCAGAAGCAGCACUUCAGGUCUAAGGAGCCUCUGGAGAGACAUCUGUUCCACGGAACAACCAAAGAGGCCUCAGAGGCAAUCUGCCACAACAACUUCGACCCCCGCGUGGCCGGCGUCAACGGCACAUCCUACGGUUACGGCUCCUACUUCGCCACCACCGCCUCCGUGUCCAACGACUACUCGGCCAAGGUGGGGCGAGAUGACAUUCGCCACAUGUUCCUGGCCAAAGUCCUGGUGGGGAAGAUGUGUUUGGGAAGGAAAGACUACCGCCGCCCACCGCCCCUCAACUCCAAGAUAAGACAGUACCGUCCCUACGAUAGCUGUGUGGACGUCAUGAACAACCCCACCAUGUUUGUAGUUUUUGAUAGCUGCCAGUGUUACCCCUACUACCUUAUCAAGUACAAAGACCUGCCCAUGGAGAUCGAUAUUUAA